AUGCCAAGGCGGCAGCGGCGGCGGCAGGAGCCCCGCCCUCUCUGCCUUAGCAAGCGAGUGGAGGAGCUGUUCGGGGGUGCCUUAAAAGCUCUGCCCCCACCGCGCGCCCCGUCUUUCCGCCUCGCCCACCGCUCCCUCCGCGGCGGCGGCGGCCCCUUUAAGAGCGUCCGGGGCGCCCCCUGGCGGCCGGCGCCGCCGCUGCAGGUGCAGGUGCCGGAUCGCGCUGCUCCAGGUGCGGCCGCGCCGUCCGCCUCGCUCCGCAGCAUGGAGCGCGAUCGGGGCCCGCGGGGCUCGGCGGCGGUGGACCUGGGCUUCGGGGCGCUCAGCACCGCCCAGCUCCGCGCCCUCAUGCGGGACGAGACGUGGCUCGAGCGCAUCGUCAAGCUGAGCAGGAAGUUCCAGAACCUGCAGCUGGAGCGGGAGAUGCGCCUGGCCUCCAACUACGCCCUGGCCAAGCAGAACCUGGCGCUGCAGCCGCGGCUGGAGAACGGCAAGACCUCGCUGGCCAUCAAGUACCAGGAGUUGCGGGAGCUGCGGGAGGCCUGCCGGGACAAGCAGCAGCGCCUGGGAGCCUGUAUGGCAAAGUGGACCCCCGAGAAUGCGGUGAAGCGGCUGCAGGUGGACCUGGAUGGCGUGGAGACAAAGGUGGAGGAGCAAAUGGAGCAAUUCCUCUGCUGGGAUCUUCCCAUCGAGACCUUUGUGGAGUCCUUCCAACACAGCCGGAUGCUCUCACACCUCCGCCGCACCCAGCUGGAGAAACUGCAGGAGAUUCUCAAGCUGGAGAAGGAAAAGACGCCCGACAAGCCCAGCCCGGGCGCCGAGAAGCAGCCGGCCACCUCCCCGGAGCUUCGUCCCGUCCCGCCAACCUUGGUGCAAGCAGCACCAGUACAGAACGGGCCGCCUCCUCCCAAGGUUUUCCAGCUGCGCCUGGCGCCGGCCUUCCUGAUCCCCUCGGAAGCUGUCCUGCCCCUCCCGGUGGCCCCCGGCCCCCAGAAGUGCUGCCUGCCCACCCUGGCCGCCUCGCACCCCACGGCUCCCUUUGUGAGCAAACCCUUGAGCCUCAUUGGACACAUCCACCUGCCACAAGCCCACCUGCCUCACCAGCAGAAGAAGAAGGAGCCGCCACACCGGUAG